GAAGGUCCCCCUCCAAACCGUUUGCCACUCCACCCAAAAACAAACAAAAAAAAAACCUCUCUCUUUCUCUUUCUCCUUCUCCAUAUUCUAAGCAAACCCCACACCUAUCACAAAUCAUGAUGAUCAUGAUCAUUAUCGAACCUUGUUACUCCCUCCACCACCUUUCUUUUUUUCCUUCUAUAAAUUCCCUUCUUCUCUCUUUCAUGCCAGUUGGAAUAACAAGACUCCUAAGAAAGUAGUCAUAUACUGCAAAUGAGGAAGCCAGAUCAGUUACCCAAAAACACCCACGCCCAAAACAACACCAAACUUAGGAAAGGCCUCUGGUCUCCUGAAGAAGAUGACAAGCUCGUCACCUACAUGCUUCGCAAUGGCCAAGGCUGUUGGAGUGACGUCGCUCGCAAUGCCGGCCUCCAACGCUGUGGCAAGAGCUGCCGUCUUCGUUGGAUCAAUUACCUCAGGCCUGAUCUCAAACGAGGCGCCUUCUCUUCCCAGGAAGAAGAUCUCAUCAUCCAUUUACAUUCCAUCCUUGGAAACAGAUGGUCGCAGAUCGCUGCUCGCUUGCCGGGGCGGACCGACAACGAAAUAAAGAAUUUUUGGAAUUCCACCAUAAAGAAAAGGCUUAGGAAUUCAUCAUUAUCGUCACCAAAGCAUAGCGAUUCUUCGGAACCUUGUGAAGUCAUGGUCGGACACACAUCCAUUCACGACCAUGAUAUCAUGACCAUAUGCAUGGACGCGUCGUCGGCGUCAUCAUCAUCAUCAAUUCAAGCUAUUACUCUGAGCAACCGGUUGGAUCCGUCCCCCCAUUUCAGCAACAGUUGCAUUGUCGCCGGCUUGUCGGGCUACCCGUAUAUGCCUCCUUGCUUAACACAAGAUGGCAUGGAUGAUGCAUUGUAUGGGGAUGAUGGGAUGUUGAUGGGUAGUCACAUGGGGGUAGAAGGAGAGAAUUUUGUUCCACCCUUAGAGAGUGUAAGCUUAGAAGAUAGUAUUAUUACUACUAUUGCUCAUAGCAUUAGUGAUAAUAAUAUCACUUAUGAUAACAACAACAACAUCAAUAAUGACAUAAACAUCCCCAACAACAACCACAACAACAACAACAACAACAACAACAAUAAUAAAGGAGGUAGUGUCAUAGAGAGUGGGAAUUAUUGGGGAGGUGAAAAUUUAAGGGUGGGGGAGUGGGAGUUGGAGGAUUUGAUGGGAGAUAUUUCUUCCUAUUUUCCUUUCCUUGAUUUCCAAGUUGAAUGAUUGAAGGUCAAGAACAUAGUGGGUCCCACUGUUUUCUUUUUUCAUUUUUUUAUUUUAAAUUUCUAUGGGGAUGGACAGAGCUCUCUCCUUUAGUAAAAAGAAAUAAAAAUAAUAAAAAAACUCAAGUUCCUUUACUCAGAUAACCAAGAAAAAAAAAUGCUUUGGAAAAAUCCAAAAAUAUCCUGUAGUCACUUGGAAUUAUUUACCAAUGCUUAGGAAUGUGGCAAGGGUAUUUUAGGAACCCUGAGAAUGUUGGGCUCGCAUAUUCUUUCAUAUGAAGUACGGAUUGCAUAUUUUGGAGGGGGCAUUUCAAUCUUGUGGGGCAAUAAAAAUAGCUGAAGAGAAAUGUGAAUAGUGAUGAUGCAAGUAGUGGGGACCACCACAUUGGUGGUGAUUUGUAGUUUCAAUGAAAUGUAAAAACAAAGGGAGAGAAUGUAGAGUGGAAUUCUGGAAGUUGAAUAGGAUUUACCACCUCUCUCUCUCUCUCUCUCUCUCUCUCUCUCACGGUGAUGUCUACAUGACAUCCAACCCGUCCAUCAUGUUUCCAUUGUUCUCCUUAGAGCCCAAAAAUCAGGGGCCUCACUCAUGUAAAAUCGUGCCUAAAACCACUAAAAUGAUGUGGUGUGGCCCACCUUAGCUUAAGA